AGGCGGCGCUCUGUCCUGCGGGAGUCUUUCUCCUCCACGUGGGGACGCAGGAUGGCGGCGGUAGCGGCGGACGAGACGGCGGCGCCCGAUGUGCAGCGGCUGCUAGUGCAGUUCCAGGAUGAGGGUGGGCAGCUGCUGGGCUCCCCGUUCGACGUGCCCGUGGACAUCACUCCCGACAAGCUGCAGCUGGUGUGCAACGCGCUGCUGGCGCAGGAGGAUCCCCUGCCCCUGGCUUUCUAUGUCCAUGAUGCAGAAAUCGUCUCCUCACUGGGGAAGACACUGGAGUCCCAGGCAGUGGAGACAGAGAAGAUCCUAGACAUCAUCUACCAGCCACAGGCCAUCUUCAGGGUCCGAGCUGUGACCCGCUGCACCAGCUCCUUGGAGGGUCACAGUGAAGCAGUCAUUUCUGUGGCCUUUAGCCCCACAGGAAAGUACUUGGCCAGUGGCUCCGGAGACACCACUGUGCGCUUCUGGGAUCUCAGUACAGAGACACCACAUUUCACAUGCAAGGGACACCGACAGUGGGUCCUUAGCAUAUCCUGGUCCCCAGAUGGCAAGAAGCUAGCCUCAGGCUGCAAGAACGGCCAGAUUCUCCUCUGGGACCCAAGCACGGGGAAGCAGGUGGGCCGGACCCUUGCCGGCCACAGCAAGUGGAUUACAGGCCUGAGUUGGGAGCCCCUCCAUGCGAACCCUGAGUGUCGCUAUGUGGCCAGCAGCUCCAAGGACGGCAGUGUGCGGGUCUGGGACACAACUGCAGGCCGCUGUGAGCGCAUCCUCACCGGGCACACACAGUCAGUCACCUGUCUCCGGUGGGGAGGAGACGGGCUUCUGUACUCUGCCUCUCAGGACCGCACCAUCAAAGUCUGGAGGGCCCAUGAUGGUGUGCUGUGCCGGACUCUUCAAGGCCAUGGCCACUGGGUGAAUACCAUGGCACUCAGCACCGACUAUGCCCUGCGCACAGGAGCCUUUGAACCUGCCGAGGCCACGGUUAAUGCCCAAGACCUGCAGGGGUCCUUGCAGGAGCUGAAGGAAAGGGCACUGAGCCGGUACAACCUCGUGCGGGGCCAAGGCCCAGAGAGGCUGGUGUCUGGCUCAGAUGACUUCACCUUAUUCCUGUGGUCCCCAGCAGAGGACAAGAAGCCCCUUGCACGGAUGACGGGACACCAGGCCCUCAUCAACCAGGUGCUCUUCUCUCCUGACUCCCGCAUUGUGGCCAGUGCCUCCUUUGACAAGUCCAUCAAGCUGUGGGAUGGCAGGACUGGCAAGUACCUGGCUUCCCUGCGUGGCCAUGUGGCUGCUGUGUACCAGAUUGCAUGGUCAGCUGACAGCCGGUUGCUGGUCAGCGGUAGCAGUGACAGCACACUGAAGGUGUGGGACGUGAAGGCCCAGAAGCUGGCCACAGACCUGCCAGGCCAUGCUGAUGAGGUAUAUGCUGUUGACUGGAGUCCAGAUGGCCAGAGAGUGGCAAGUGGUGGGAAGGACAAGUGCCUCCGGAUAUGGAGGAGAUGAAAAGUCUCACAGUUCUGACUCCCACCUGAACGUGGCUUCUAACAGCUGCCUGCCCUGCCAGAGAAUAAAGACCAGGAUGGCAGUGCACAUCCCCUCCUCACCAGCAGCGGCCUCCUGUCCCUGACAGACCCUGGCGAGAUCUCCCCACAGGCCCUCUGCUUGCUCUGGACACUCUGCUGUCCCGUGCUGGUGCUGACAGCAGUAGGGAGGCCAGGCUCUAUGCGAAGCCUCCACUGUUGCCCCUGCCUCCUUUUCUAAGUAUUGGCUGUGUUCAGGGUCACACCCCAGAUUCUGUGGCCAAGUAAAUCAUGUAUAUAUUGUGUGUUCAGGUUCGAUUCCUUUCCUAGAAUCCUAGGGCUCAGCCAUGGACUGCACUCGAUCCAUUUGACCCCCUCCCUUGCUCUGGAUGACAACAAAACCAUCUAACCAGGAGUUGCCCUUCCUUUCCCCUGUGCAUAAGGGAGAGGCCAGUGUGAUCCUGGCCAGAGGACAGGUUAGGGCAGUGCUGUCCAUGCAGGCCCUGGCCACGUGUGUCCGUUUGCAUUGGCCAGGGUUAAGUACAGCUGGAGGCAGCUCCUCAGUCAUGCUAAAGGCUCUGGUGUUGGGCAGCACAGGGAAAGCUCUCGUUGUCAGAGUUCAGCACGCCGUCCUGCUCCAGCCAUGCCGCUUGCUUUUCCCACAGCACACUUGUGCCCUGCUAGGUGUUACGCUCUGUGCUACAGAAGGCCAUGGGCAUGCUGGAGGACUCCCUCUCUGACAGGGUGGCAGUGGUGUGGGGUGGUACUGAGAGCACUCUAGCAUACUGGACCCUGUGAGAACUUGCAAAUAUGAAAGGAAUCCCCACCAAGACCUCCUCAGGCCUUGAGCAAGGCCUUGCCCUGCAUGUACCCCACCUCCAUUUCUAAUACUUCAUUCCUCUCACCCUCUCCAGCCCCUGCCUCUGAUUUUAUGAUUUUGCACUGCACCUAACUGGUUCUUGGCCUGCACCGUGAGGCUGCACCAGGGGCAGCGUGAACUGCCAGUUGCUGAGCUACUCCUUGGUGCAGGCACUUGUUCUGCUGUGCUCAGAGUAAUCCUGCCCUGUGCCUAGAAAGUCCUCUCUUCCUCAUACUUUUGAUGAGCCACCUGAGCCCAGGAAGCUUACUUGAUUUGCCCCUGCCCUCACAUCCAAUGAGAGGAAGAGCCAGGAUUCAAUCUGACCCUGCUCCAAAGCCUGUGUUCUUUGCACCAUGUCCCUCCAGAGCUCAAAGCUAGCAGUGAUGGUCCGUGGGCUGCCACUGCACCUGCCCAGGGUCUCUCCUUGUGAAGAGUGUUUUAGUCUUACCAGUUCUCCCCUCUCCCCGGCUAUGGACAGUGGCAGAACCCAAGCUUUGAGGGAUGGUAGCAUCCAUUGCCUGGCUGUCCUGUUUUCCACCCCCAACCAAUGUGGAUUCUUGAUCCUGGCAAAAGCUUGAGGGCAGGUGGCAACUGGCCCAGCUGAGGCUGUCUGCAGCAUAAAGCAGAAUUUUGGGGUGCUGGAUGACCUGCAGUUCUUUAAUGAGGGACCUGGACCCAGCCCAGAUCUGGGGAAGGAGGGAACCUAGCAGCUGUGGGCAGUGGCUGAGCCUGGCCUGGCCUGAGAUGUCUCCAGGUGAAUGGGGCUCCCCCAGUCUUGGCUGUGGCCCAGGGGUAGGGUUCCAGUACCAUUGCCUCCAGGCCCUGGCCAGCAGGGUAGUCAGUGGUUCUCUAGCAUGGUGCUGGUGGUACGGUACAUCUCAUGGUUGUGGUUCCAGAGGGCCCUCGGCCGAGGCUGAUCCCGGGUGAGGGGUGUCCUGGGCCCUCCCCUAGUAGGGAAAUAGGUAUUCCAGAUCCUCCAGCCUCCGCAUCUCCUCCAGCCCAAUGGACACAGUUCUCCGCUGGGGUUCCUUGCGUUGCACAGUGAUCUGGAUGGGGUUGUUCUCAGGAAAGCUGUUAAAGUCAGUGGCCACAGUUGCAAACUAAAGUGAAACAAGAAAGACCCUCAGAAUUCCUUCCCAGACUUGAGCCUGGCUUCUCUCUGUUCCCUUUUUGCCAACUAAGUGUGAUAUUAGACAGCCUCAUCCAACCCAGUCACAACGUAGGACACAACUCCAAAGAUGUGUGACACCGAGGUGUACCUCCCCAGCUGUGGACUGUUUGAGCUUCCCCCACCCCUGGACCCUGCGCACCCCAAGCCUUCCCUUCUUCCUCCCGCUUUAGCCUCCUGCCUUCCCUCUCCUUCCUGCAGUUCCUGGCCCAUUCACAAUCAUAGUUAAGGAAUCCAAAAGCCAAAGGCUUUGGAGGAGGAGGGCUGUGUUGAAUCCAUCUGUUUGCAUUCCUAGCAGACCUAAUCCUUACACCUCCCAGGAGAACACUAUCUGGCAUUGAUGCGUUUCCAGGCAGAAGGAAAACUAGGGAGGACAUGAGCCAUGGUGGGCAGGGGUAUUCCAGCCUCCAGAGCCCUGGUUCCCAGCCCCAGGCCCCUCUUCUCCCAGGGCUCACUUUGUAGGGCUUGCACCAUUUCCCCACCCCAGCUGUGUUGGCUGCUCGGACCGUGAGGCAGUAACUCGUGUUAGGCUUCAGCUCCAUCAGCUUGACAGUGGUGCCCAAGAUCUUAUUGAAGAUCCACGGACGAUUCUUGGCCUUGGGUGGCUCAUCGUCUUUUUUCUUGCUCACCUCCUGUAACAGGACCUGGUAGAAACUGACCUGCUGCUUGCCCAAAGUAUAGGUCCAGGAAAUCUAAGGGAAGAGAGAACCCGAGGCUUCCUUAGACCUGGCCUGACCUUCCAACGUGGAUCAGAAGGGUUCCUCCCAUCCCCUGCUCCUGCUGGAGUUCAGGCAGGUCUGAAGGAAGCUGUAAGGCACACAACACUGCAUGUGGAGCCACCUGCCCUACAGCACAGGCCACUCUCCCUGGGCAGCUUCACCCACCUUAUUCCAUAUUUCUAGACUGUCUGUGACAGUUGAGAGGUACCUCAGAAAUCAUCUUGUCUACCUCACUCAUUGCAGGUGGUGGUACAGGUCCAGAGAGGGCAAGCUACUGGGCCAUGGUCACACAGCAAUUAAAUGACAGCCAAGGUUCAAACCCAUAGCUCCAGAGCCCAUACACUUUACUACAACAAUGGUUGUCAAGCUUGGGUCCACAUCUCGGAGUUUUGCUAACACUACACAUUCCUGAGCCUGUUGUCUCCUUUCUGGUCUCCCAUUUCCAAUUUCUUCAUCUAGGCCAGUGGUUCUUAAACUUAGGUGUGCAUUAGAAUACUCUGGAGGACUUACCAAAACAGACUGCUGGUCUUCAUCCCCACUUCAACCAGAACUGUUUCUGGUUCAGUGGCCUCACUGAUUCUGAUUCAGGUGAAGGAAUGAGAAUUUAAAUUUCUAGCAAAUUGUCCUGUGAUCCUGAUGCUGGUCACACUUUGACCACACUUUGAGAAACACCGCUGUAGCCAUCUAACAAUGCAGCUUCCAGAUUUAGCUUCUAAAUUGUUUACAGAAAAAUCUAUAAGACAGCAUAAAGUUGGAGGACCUCCAGAAAAAGAGCCCAAACUAAUUUCCCCAACUGUUGCCCUUCAUUUUUCCUCCUGCCCUCCAGGACAGUGCUGCGGACUUGUGACUUGCAGCCCCAGCACUGGCUGGGGAUUUGUUAGCAAUGCAUAUGCUCAGGCCCCUCCCAGCCCCUAUAGGGAUGAGACCAGAAUCUUGGUUUUGACAAGCUGAUGGUGCUCUGUAGCAACACCAGUGAGAAGCCUUGGAUUUAGGACCUGGGAUCAAACGAGGAAGCUGCUCUUUUUCUCCCACAUUUUCCUACCUGCAGCCUUUGCUCAGGUUAGUCCCUCCAUGGAAUGCCUCCCCUCCACCUCUGGAUGCUUAGGUUCUACCUCCCAAAGUGUUACCGAGCCACCAAGCUUAUUCCUGCAGCUAGAAGUAAUGUCUUUCCCUCUGAAUUUCUGGUGGCACUUGGUCUGAAUCUUCCCUGCAGCCCUUUCUGCCUUUCACUGAAGUCCUUUACAGACAAACCCCUCCUUCACUCCCUAAGCCAUGAACUUGAGGUCAGGACACAGGCAGCUUCACAUUCCCCAUGGAGCUCAACUCAGUGCCAACAUAGCAAGCCUCUGCCAAGUGCAUGAACUCAGAAAACAUACCACCGCUGUGGAAUCGCUAACGGUGUGUUCACAGAUGAAAGGGGCCUCUGGCAGGUUCAUGACCACAGAGGAUUCCGAACGUGUUGAGGAGGUGUCUGUGUCCAGCGCGGGGUUGUCAAGGUCCAGCAGGCCCCCAGGAGCCAUUUGGGUCUUAGACGCAUGGGGGCAGAGGGCCAGGUCCCCCUUUUCUGGGUUCUUGACCAGUGAGGAAAAGCUGAGUUUGUUCAGCUCACCCUCCAGCAUCCCUGCAAAGAAGCUGCUGUUGGGCUGGGUCACGGCCAGUUUGAUAGGGUUCAAGGAAGUGGAUGAGAUGGGGGUUAUGCUGGUGUCAUCAGAGCUGUAUUCAGAUUCUUCCACUGUCAUAGGCUUCCUAGAGCAGGAGGGAGACAGGUGAGUCAGAUGAAGGAGGCCAUCCCAUCCAGCCUGAGGGCCUUAUUACCAGCAUCCCCAGCUUCUGAACACCUGGGAAUACCCUCACUGCAUCAGUGCAUCAGAUCCACCAGGAUUGUUCGCUGAAAAUGCCUGGUCCUCAUUUGGGAUGCAAAAGGGGAAGCUGUAGCUUUAAUAAGAUCUUUAGCUGGGUACAGUCUUGCUCAUCUGUAGCACCAGCCACUCAGGAGGCUGAGGCAGGAGAAUUGCAAGUUCAAAGCCAGCCUCAGCAACUUUGAAACCCGCCCCCUCAACAUCUCAAAAUAACAUGAAAAGGACUGAAGAUGUAUCUCAGUGUUUAAGUGCCCCUGAGUUUAAUCCCCAGACCCCAAAAAAACCCAAAAAUCUCAUGCAGGUGUUGUGAGAACCACAAUUUGAGAAACUGCUAAAACUUGAUGUUCUCCCUUCAAAGUGGAGGCAAGCACUCCAGGGGAUGACCACAGCAAUCUUCUGGAGUGGAAAAAAAAUCCCCAAAUAUCUAAUAAAAAAAAUGGAGUAUUGCUGGGUGUGGUGUCACAGGCCUGCGAUCCCAGCAGCUUGGGAGGUUGAGGCAGAAGGAUCACUAGUUCAAAGCCAGCCUCAGCAACUUAGUGAGGACCCUGUCUCAAAAUUAAAAAUGGGCUGGGGAUGUGUUCAGUGGUUAAACCACGCUGAGUUCAAUUCCUGGUACCAAAAAAAUAAAUAAAAGUUUUAUUAGUAUUUAUCUGCUAUUGUUUAAUGUUCAAUGUGAUUUAUAUUUACAUUUUAGUAACAUCUAAUGAUACAUAGCAUGUAAAUUAAGCCUAGAUUAUGUACAAUACACAUUGAGGGAAUGCUCAGAAAAGUCUUCCAUUCUGAUUUUUUUUACAUUAUAGAAUAUUGCUGGGCAUGGUGGUGCACACCUGUAAUCCCAGUGGCUCAGGAGGCUGAGGCAGGAGGAUCACAAGUUCAAAGCCAGCCUCAGCAACUUAGCCAGACCCUGUCUCAAAAUAAAAAAGGCAGAGGAUGUAGCUCAGUGGUAAAGUGCCCCUAGGUUUAAUCCCCAGUAUCAGGAAAAUAAAAAGGAAUAUUUUAGAUAUACACAAUGAAUAACAUAUUAAACUUCCAUUUACCCCUCCCUCAGCUUCAGAAAUAAAAUCUGGCAUUGAGACUUUCCCUAUAGCUCAGUGGAAGAGUGCUCUCCCUUGUGCAAGGCCCUGGGUUUGAUCCCUAGCACCACAAUAAACGAAACUCAGAAUUAUUAAAGCUCCCAGAUGCUUCUCCCUCACAACACUCCAUACUCCCACUCAGAGGUAACAUGUAGAGUAAAUUUUAAAAGUUUUCUAUUACUUUCUAUAUAUCUUUAUGGGUCUGUUACAUAUAGAUGUUAUCCCUAGGCAAGAUCUAUUAAUUUUUAUGUU